AUGAAUCCCUCUUCCGUCGGAUCCCCACCUGCUGCUGCCUCCACCUCCACAUCGUGGUUCUCUGGCCUCGUCCGAGGGGGUUCCAAAAACAUGAGCGCCAGCGCCGCCACCACCGAUGGGGGUUCCGUGCCCGGGAGCCGCAAGAACCAGCUCCCCGGCGUCCUCUUCAAGUAUGGUCCCAAAGCGGUCCAGGUAAUCGAGUGUGAGGAUUUGAAUUUCUCCUCGGUUUUUCCCGGCGAGAAUCGAGGGGGAUGCACUCUUCUUCGUGCGGGGAUUUCAAAUGCGCUUGGUGGUUGAUUGAGUCUGUGGGGGAUGGAUUAAGCCUCUGAAUCCUCCAUGGAUCAUCUCUUACUGAGAGGAUAGUUAUAAUGAGGCUUUGCAUUUUGCUCUUCUUGUCUUUCAUCGGCAUUAUCCUGUUUUCUAGCGUAUCCAAUUUCCCACUCCAUGAAUUCAGGUUUACCAUUUCUUAUGUAGGUUGCCUUCAAAACUGGUGAUUUUAGGCAGCAGGUCAUCUUCAUCGGAGGAUUGACAGAUGGAUUGCUAGCAACUGAGUACGUCUUCUAUAAUACUGUCUUCGUCUCAUGGGUUGUUGUAUAUGCUAUUCACUGUUUCACUCUCACGCUAUCGCGCUGUUCUGUGGGCACUGACUGAUUAUGCAUAUGCUUUUUCUGGACGGGGAGUGGACAUGAGAUCUGGAUCCAGCGGCGGAAAUCAGCGACUGGAUAGGGUGUUUUACUGUAGCCCUACUGGGUAAUAACUUGCAGAAACAUGGGAAUGCGAAUGUAUAUGAUGGGGUUUUGGCUCCCGGUUUUCGGUCCAAGUAUGCAAUUAUAUACGCACUUGGGAAGACGAAGAUAAAAAAGGUGUCUUGAUGGCUUGUAGAUCUACUGAGACCAUGCUAUUCGAAAGCUGUGUUUAAUUAUAACUAAAACUCUGUGAAUGAGAAUAAAUUGUGUAGUUUCUGAAAAUAAUGAGUUUUGGGGGCAAAAUAUGCAACUCUGGGACAAUGCGUUUAUUGUUGGAAGAUCCAUACUUUUGUAAGUCCGGGAAUGGGCACAUUUCUAAAGUUUUAAGAUAAUAUUUUUCAAAUCUCUGCUCUAUCCUUUUUUAUUGCUAAUUGAAAUGCAUAUAUUGUCCAUUUCCUCAGAUUUAGUUCCUCAUUUUCUUCUUCUGGAUCUACUUUUCGUAUCAUUUGGACGUAAUCUCUCUUUUUCUUAUGCUUCAUUUUUGUGAGGAAAAAGCAAUUGGUUUCGCAGGUACUUGGAGUCCUUGUCUGUUGCUUUGGAGAAAGAACGAUGGUCUCUGGUGCAGCCUUUGUUGUCAUCAUCUUACACUGGAUAUGGAAUUUCGAGCUUGAAACAAGUAGGAUCCCUUCAUUUCUAUAAACAUUGUCCUUAAUUUUCUUGGUCAUCUUCAAAUACUCUUCUAUUAUGUAACUUCUUUCUUAGCAAAAUCACUUUGCUAACUCUACAUCCCCUCAUUCGUUAUGGAAACAUUUUUAGAUUACCAGAAGCUAGUUGUAAGCCCAUCUUCAAAGUGGGAAAAAAACCUGGAAUUCAUAUGGAAUCCAUUGAUAAUGUUUCAAUUUUCCAGAUACUGACGAUGUUUAUUUAACUUUUCUUGACUUCUGAUCUCUUUAGUCCACUUUUGGGGUCUAGGGGUCUAUGUCUCUUUGCCUUUUGUGAUGAGACAGACCCUAAGGUGAAAGUUAGCCAUUAAGAUAGAAUGCGUAUAUAAAGCUUCCUUGAAAACGUUCAUACUAUAAUGGAGGAACAAGCUAUCUAAGGUGUUCUGUCUGCUUCUAAUAAUCUCUGAAUUUGAGUUGCGUCUUGGAGAAAACAUGUCUUCCUUUCAUUCUAGGCUUUUUCAUUCUAUAAGUAAUAGUAAGCUUUAUUUUCAUGGUAGCCAUUCUUUUAAAAAACUGAGGCUAUAUUUUCAAGAAAAAAUGGGCUCAGGCUCCUUGAAAGCUUUAUUAAUAAAAUCUGUCAGAAUCUAGACGGUGUAAGAUGGCGAAAUAAAUCUAGGUUUUUUUGAAGGAGAGACAAUUUUUUUUGGUAGAUUCUGAUCAAGCUGCCAAACCUCUACUCAGAAAGAUGUUUAUGAAUUGGCUUCACUUGGGUUAAAGAAGAAUUGACAAAUUUCCUUCGUAUCCUAAAAAUGACUGCAAAGGAAAUUUCAGCCGAUUUAAAACUAGCCCAUCUGAGGGUUCUUUAAUUGUAAGUUCUAUAUUUUGUUUGUUCCAUUGUUUAAUUGACUGAUAUUGGGAAUCUAAAACUCGAAAUUACGUCAGUUUUACUUGGACUUUUUGCUAUUUAGAUCUAACAUUCUUUUGCUUUUUCUUUCACAUACUUUCUUUCUGGAAAUAUCAUAAACCUGUGGUGUGGUAAUAAAAACUUGCUUUGUGCAAAAAGCAUGCUUUGUAACUGUUGUCACUACAGAAAUAAACAUUUAAUACACCUCAUUUGGUGAAGCGUGGAUUUCUCAGCUUAUGCUCUUUGCUUAAACUUGUGCUUGAAACCUUUCCCCCAAAGGAUUCCAUGGAGCUCGACCUGCUUAUCAGUCAUUUAAUCAACAAGGAAAACUCUGAGGGAGUGGUUUUGCUUGGGCACAGCACUGGUUGCCAGGUUUGUUGGAAAAGUUUGUGGUUGUUAUGUUGAUAUUCUAGUUUUUGAGCCAACUGUAUAUAUGCUAUCAUGGAAAGACCUGGUCAUUUUCAUUUGAUUAUGGUUUCAGGAUAUCGUCUAUUAUAUGCGUUCAAAUUCUGCAUGCUCUAGAGCAGUUCGUGGAGCAAUCUUGCAGGUAUCCUACUUAAAUAAUUUUCCAUCAUGGAUCUUAUGGGAAUUUUCAUCAUCUAAGAGAAAGAAAAUUGGGAAAUUUUUGCUAUAUGUCAGAAGUGGGGACCGUCUUCUUCCUUUAUUGAUCAUCAUAAAAUGGUACAGUAAACAGAGGCAGCGAAAUUUAUGUGAUUGAGAUUGACUGGUUUCCUGUUCAACUUUGGACGAUGUAACCUGUACACGUGUAUCUUUAGAGGUCAGGUAGUUAAUCAAGGUGGAUGAGCAUUCCAUGCAUAACUCUCUUGAAUAUGCCAAAACCAAAGUUGAGCUGCAAUGUGGAGCCUGUUCCAGAUAAUAUCCAAACAAAACAUGGAAAUUAGAUCUUGUACACAGUGUCUCCAUUCAAGACAGCCCUGAAAACAAAGCAUAACUUCAUGAUCACACCACCAAGAAAGAAGCCAGCGGGGUCUGUGACUUUCCUUAGAUAGCCCACUAAAUGGUGCUAGCCAAAUCCUAAUUCGUGUCUCAAUAAUAGCUGAGUCAGCAGGAUCUGAUGCCCUAUGUGCAGGAUAAUAGGAGAUACUGGGGAAGAGGUGCUGGUAGUCCUUACCUUUCCACAGUACUGGCCUAAACAUGUGCUCCAGCUUCUGACAGAGGUGGUGAAUAGAGAAUUGGGUGCUUCCUAUUCAACCCUAUCCUCUCUCUAAAUGACCCAGGGACUCUGGGCGUAACCUGGAAAGUUAUGAUCUGUGCCCUUUCUUCUUGCGAAAGUAGAAGGUGUAUACACUACCAUUAAAUACAUUUUGGCCCGGCCGCAAUUCCUUUCGGGGAGACAAAAUCUUACAAAUAGCUAUCCAUAUUGGGAUUUUCUUCCAAAGAGAAGAGAUGGUCCGCAUCCUUAGCAAAAUGAAGAGAAUCGAACCGUUAGAAAUAGUUCUGGAAUCAGGCCUCCUGAGGGACGUGAGAGGAUUAAUAAGGCGUAGAUGCAGCUGAUGUAAUGCAGGAUUGUGUUGGACAGUUAAACACCGACGAAGGGUGAAGUCUAAUCUCUAUUGAUAAUUCUUUUUUUGAACAUUAGAUUCUCAACAAUUGACAGAAAGUGACUGCAAUUGGUGAUCAUACCUUAAAUUUCAAAGCUGAUCUGAAGUCAUUCGGAGAAUCUAGUUUCAGGUUUUUUGGUCAUUUCAGUGAAAUAAUGUGAUGGGAGUAGAGCUUGUAUUUAUCGAACAAACAAGUGUUCUGGCGUCAAGAACAUUAACUGAAUGUCCACAUUGACUGGACGAGAAAUAUAAAGGGUAGCUUCAGAUGGAUUUCUGUAUAUCAGUAUAUGGACUUCUAUCUUUUUUUUUUACAGCAUUGACAUUUGUCCAUAUUUAGGAUCUGGAAAAGUGUCGCAAAGAGGCAGGAAAUAACUGAAGAAAGAUUUUUUUCGAAUAAAAGUGGUAACAUGUGCCAACUUCGUCGAUGUGCUCAACUGAGAAGAAUAUGCAAACACGGCGGAAGUAUUGGCACUGUCAACAUCAGAGACUCCAAAUUUGGCAUUAUUAUGUGGUUUCAGAUAAUUAGAAACGGGUCACGGUUGGAAGCGAUUGAAUUAUUGUAGAUAUGAGUACAGUAUCAUGGAAUGCUACAGUCUGAUACAAGUGAAAUCUCCAGGAUUGGACAAUGACAUCGUGUUUUUAAAGAGGCAGUGAUAGCUGGUACUGAAAUUUUUGGGAAAUGUGCAUAGGACCUUUGGAGAAAACAGGUAGAGUCAGACUUCAGUUGUUAAUGAACCAUGUUUGCUUACCUUUUAAGGCAGCAAAUGGCGCUAUGAUUAAAGUGGCAGUGUCUUUUGGAAAUACCAUGGAGGGCGGUACUCAGCAAAUAAAUGAAGGGAUUGGUUUGUAAGAUAAGAGGUAAUUUUAAAUAAAGACUCGAAAGAAAAAUGACCAAAAGAAGGGAGCAUGACCAUUUCAUUAACGUGGCUAGUGAGAAAUCGUUUUUUUGCUGAGAAUCAAUCAGAUGAGAAAUGGGGAAGAUUGUUCAAGACAAGGAAAUUUCAGAUGUUUUUAUUCAAUUCUUUGAUGUUCUUGGGGAAGAGAGUCUGGAGACCUCAAAUAGAUGAGCGGGGCUUUAAUCGAAAUCAAUGAAGAGGAAGUUUCCGACCUAAUCAAUUUAUUGAGUGGUUAUUUCCAUCCUAGAAACCAACAAAUACGUUGGUCUGGCUUGGUUAUUUAUGAGCUCUUCCAAUAUUAUUAUGGUAUCAUUAAAGAGGAGAUGGAGGUGAUGAAAAAGAAAAGGAGCUGAUGAAAUUUUGGCCAAAAUGCCGGACAAGAAGGGAGACUGUGCUGUUUAAGUUGGUCUUUGAGAAAACAAUUAGAUUAGAUAGUGAUGUGUUAAUAUGCUUCCUUUUCUUAUGAACGUAAAUCAAAAUCUGACUAAUGAGAUGAAUAUGUGCCAGUAUGGACCUAUGUUCUCAUAUCAGCGAUUGAAAACCGUCUUUGGACAAUGAGAUCUGAUGUCGCUUAGCAGGGAAGGGUUAAUAAAAGUGCUUUUGGAAAAGGACUUACGAUGGGUGAAGUGUGCACUUAAUCAAUGUGUAUCUUCCAAGGAAAAAAAGUAAGUGGAUAUGGUGAUGAUAGAGAUUUGGUAUCUCACUUGCUAGCUAUAUUUAGACUGUUGAUUUUCUUACACAGAUUUUUCACUGUGCACAUCCGGAUUAGGAGGAAGUAUCCAUUCCUUAUCUCCACUGAAACAAUCCACAGGAUCCUUGCUUUCUGGGAACAUCGAUCUAUUUUCAUUUGGAUAAUAGAAACUUUUCUGAUCAUUGAAGGACCGACGAAGGUCAAAUAAGUUUUACCAAAAUGCGCAUAAAAGAAGCAAAAGUACAAAGUUGUAUAAUGAAGGUUAAUAACCUUCCAACCAUAGUACUUUUAAUGCAUGAGUGACGAUGGCUUGGAGGAAAGGAUUCUGAGGGCCAGAAGCUGACAACGAUCAAUGCCUGGUUGAAGUGAAUCUAUGUACCAUCCUUUUCAUGAGGGCAUUUGAAAGUUGCUCCAUAAUUUAUUAUAAUCAUUUGAAAGUUGCUCCGGUACAACGGUAAGAACCUGGCCACUCUUCUAAUAAGGGCAUUAAAUUCGGCGAUCAAGAGAAAGAUGGUUGAUUAUUUAUGAGGGGUAUCAAAGAAUGUGGAGCUAGCACUUCGUCGUUUUGAAUCUUAUAGUUCUAUAAUGUGUCGGAAGACUAUUUUGGGCUAUUUUCGACAUAAAUUAUGGAGAUUAAUGGGGAUAGAUUUCUGCCAAACCAUCAAGUGUCAACACUCUAAUAGGUUCCAUCUCAGUAUUCAGAAGAUAUUCACAGUGGAAGUUCCAUUUGGUGUCCAUCUCGAAGUUUUCUAUCUUCCAUCUGGGCCUGAAUACAGUUCAGCCAGAAAUUGGAAAAAGCUGCAGUAUUCUUCUAUAUUUCGGCUUUAAUAAAGCUUCUUUUGACUUGAAGCUGAUCGCUUGAUUGUCAAAGACCGCUAAUCGAUUGCGGUUCUUGAAAUCGACUCUAGCCAAUACAAUUUAGGAGGGAAAUCUGAUCCCUUUAGUUGGCAUAGCCAUGGCCUUUUUUUCGUUACAACAUAUGCUGACUGUACAUAGAUUUUGUUAUUUUUAGCGACCCUUAAUUUGCGGAUAUUGUUUUUCAUAGAGGAUUAUUUAGCUUAAAAAGCCUUAAUGUGUAGUAUUACUGCCAACUUGACGUUUAUUGACCUUGUUUUAGUAAUCUUGCAAGUGUUGAGAUUUCAUAAACAAUUGUUAUGCUCUCAGGCUCCCGUUAGUGAUCGUGAGUAUAGAGCAACCCUUCCUGAAACAGCUGCAAUGAUUGACCUUGCUUCGACCAUGAUAAGUGAAAAUAAAGCAACUGAUCUUAUGCCCAGAAAUGCAGAUCCUGACGCCCCAAUCACCGCCUACAGGUAGUUUUCAGAAUCUUUUUUCAUGGUGAUAACACAAUUUUACUGCACCACAGCUUUUAUGUUACAGCAUGAAUUAUUUCACUUGUCUACUUCUAUGAGCAUACUAUUUUUCUUAGUUAUUUUUUGAGCUUUUAUUUCAUCUUUCCACCACUCAGAUUUGGUGAUUGUAAAUCUCAGAUAGCGUUUGUGUUUAAGUUCACAAUUAGUAACAAAAUGGAUAUCUUGCUUUAAGUAAAACGUGAAAUUUAAAAUUAUAACUGUAUAGACGAGAAAAAAAUCCUGCUUUGAUGAUUUCCUUCCGGUCAUUUAAGUAUAUGACUUUGGACUAGUUACUGCCAAUCUUAAUCAGGAUGUAUGAUUGAAAUCUUUUCAUUUCCUGUUGUUACAUCCAUUUUACGCUAAGUUUUGAAAUUUUUGUUCAGAUACCACUCGCUGUGUGCAUAUAUGGGAGAUGAUGAUAUGUUUAGUUCAGAUCUCACUGAUGAUCAACUGCGACUGAGACUUGGUCACAUGGCAAACACACCUUGCCAGGUGAGAAAUUAUCUUCAAUUAUAAAACUAUCAAUUAUCAUUGUUCUCUUUUUAUUCCCAUUUUAGUAUGAAUUAUUUUUCUAAAGUCUGUUCGCUCUCCUAAUGCUCAGGGUUAAUUAUGCUCUGGGUGACUAAUACUUCAAUUUUUCAGUGAAAAACUAAUUUUAUUUGAUUUUUUUUGCUCGUCUAGGUCUGCCUGCCACAAUAUAAGUUGCUUGGAGGUCCUUUUACAAUUUAUCAUAUUAAUAUUGAUGUUGCCACAAUAUGUACAAUUACAGGUGAUUUUCUCCAUGGCUGAUGAGUUUGUGCCUGAUUAUGUAGAUAAGAAGUCCCUUGUAGAAAGGUAAUCCCCUCCAAACAAGAAAGCAAGUUUUAUAAAAUAAAGUGAUGCAAAAGUAUUUAGAAAAUCUUAUCUCUUGGUCUCUUUUAGGCUAUGCAAGGCUCUUGGAGGAGCUGAAAAGGUUGAGAUAGAAUGGGGAAACCAUGCUCUCUCCAAUAGGGUGGGGGAGGCUGUCCAAGCUAUCUUAGACUUCCUCAAGAGAGAGGGGCCAAAGGGUUGGGAUGACCCUUGGAGCUGA